AUGUCAACACUGUCGUUUGUGUACCCCGGCCGGUCCUGGACGGGGAUUUUAAUGCACAUUCUGCUUGGAAUUCUAUUCGGGAAUUUCUGGGCGUGACAGGGACGGAGCGCCAUUACGCCCCCUCCCGAAAAGGCACAAGAGGAAGAUGCAGAGAAGAAAGCCAGAGGAAAAGCAACAUUAAAGUCGAUAAUCGUAGCCCCGGCGAGAGCUACAAGCAAGUUUCAAAUCGAGGCAGAAGAACAAUAUCUUUCAUCAAAAUGGCAAGCGGUAAAACCAAAGUUUUGGUGGCGGAAGCGCCAAAAUCCUUCUUCGUCAACCUCUCAGGCCGUCUUCAAUCGCCCAGCUGCCUCCUUCAAUCCACUAAAUCUCAGAGAAAAAUUCAAGGAGAUCUUGCACGGCAAGUGCUUCCGCUGCCUCGCUUCAGAUCACCAGGCAGCAGCUUGCAGGGAUCCCAUCCGCUGCUAUACUUGUAGACGCAGUGGACACAUCUCCUUCCGCUGCCCAAACAAAUCAAAGCAACCCAUUCACUCCCGCCUCACCUUCCCCAAGCAAGCCCCCUCCAUUCAAUCCCAACUCAUCUUCCCACCGCUUCCCAGCAAGAACCAACAGCAACCAACAACGACCCGCCCUGGUUCGGUUUUCCAUCGUUUGCACAAGCCAACGGUGACCAUGGAUCACAUACCUGGUCUACCGAAUCAACGGCCGGCGGUCGGCUAUGCAACGGUGCCGAUGACGGAGCUCAUGCAGCACGAGCUGGAGCGCCUUCGCUUUCAUGGCGCACUCAUCUCGGCCGAGGUUGAGGGACAGGAGACGUCCCCUAGGGAGGUGGCACGUGCACUGACCCAGCAGGUUGGGAUCCCCAUCUCGGACCUGCGAGUGACGCGCCAUCACCCGGAAGAUUUCUUCGUCUUCUUCGAUUUCCCAGAGGGGCAGGCCGCGGCAACGCGGAGAGGCUUCAUCACUCUGGAUGGAGGAAGGUUCACCAUCACGCCAUGGAGCGCCGACAGGCAUGUGCACCACCCGAACUGGUGGUUUCGCGUGCGGCUCUGCCUGGAGGGAUUGCCGCAGUACGCAUGGAACAGGGCGGGAUUGGAGGGCGUCAUGGGUCCCAUCUGCCUCUUCGAUCGCAUCGAGCAUGAGUCGGUUCAGCGGCAGAACAUGGCCAUCUUCUCAUGCUGGAUGUGGAUGCGGAAUCCUGACCUCCUGCCACGAAUAGUGAUCUCCACCUUCUUCCCGCCGGAAGCUGGGCGUGUCACCUCCGGCAUCACACCGCCGCUUCCGGACGAGAUCGCGCCACCGCCGAGGGGGAGGCUGCCGCAUGUCAUAGUCCAUCUGGACGAGAUGGAGGACUGGACUCCAGGACCGCCCCAUCCGCCCUGCUCGCCUUCUUCCGGCGUGAGCGGACUUCCCUCCUCGGACUCGUCUGAUUCGGGAGGCCCGAUACCCACGGUGCGCACCUUCCAGUGGUACCUGGGCUGCGCCGACGGAACCCAGCCUCCUCGGCAACGGGCGGCAGUGAGGCGGGGAUGCAGGGCACUGCCGCAGAGAAGAGAAGACCCAGAGGAUGAUGAGGAUGACAACGGGCGGCGGCGCCACGCUGAGGAUAUUCCACCACGCCGCCGCUCGCUGCGCGAUGUCAUCAUUGGAAGGGACUGGUCGGUUGAGUCGCGGGCGGCGGAAGGGGCGCGGCACUGGAGCCGCACGCCGCAUCCUUCCGGCCGCCAGCGAGCGCACGGCGAUGGGUGCCAAGGCCGCUCACGAACCAGGCACAGCUCCCGAUGCUCCUGCCGCUGCAGAUCCCGUCGCACGCGCUCCCCAAGCUCCUUGACUCCUCGCGGUCAGGACGGCACCGGCGAUGCAGGCGGCGCGACGACCAAGGUGGUCGCUGUUAGUGGCCAGGCUGAUGGCGACCAGCAGCCAGUCGACGCUCUCGUGAGUCUUCCUGACCCUCUGAUCAAGAUCCUAUGCUCCUCACCCCUGCUCCCCUUCUCAGAUGACCAGGGGGACCACGACCCGAUGCUGCCGCUCCUGGCAGAGAUCGCUCCCAAGUCUUCACGGGAGGCGGAGAACGAGACGAAGAGGACGGGUGGGGAAGAACCGAUACUGGGAGAGGAUAAGGUGGCGUCGGCAGCUGAGUUGGGCCAGGAGAAGAUGGGCCAUCUCGUCCCAGAUGCGCAGCAGGCCCCCAAGAUGGACCUCCUCGCUCAGUCCACUGGAGAUGACGAGGCCCAAGCUUCCACAGGAGACCAGCCCACCCUGGUGCAGCAGGCCGACUGCGAGGAGCAACACCAGGCCACGGUCCAGACUCAGCCCAUCCACGGAGGAGAAGGUGAACGUGAAAAGGUCGUCUUAUCUCCUCUGUUCUCGCAGCUGCAGCCGCCGAUCAUCCUGCAGGCGCCGCUCGAGCUGGCGCCGCCCGGCGCGGCCAAGACGAAGGGGUGCGGACGCAAGGUGGUGCAGAUGCCGUCGCGGCGGAGCGGCCGUAAGGCGCGCUUCUCGUCGGUGCCGGUGUCUAAGCGCGCAGAAGUGCGCCUCAUGGAGGAGAUGGGGCUGCUCACCCCGGGUGAACCGGUCGUGGAUGCGGUGGUGGAGGCUUAUGCAAAGUCCUUCGACACACCGCUUCCGUUGCAUGUCAUCGCCGGUCUGCGGGCGCUCACACUCCUGGAUGGAGUGCACGACAUGCCGGUGCCAGGAGAGAAAGGAACCACCGCAACGGCGGUGGUCUGAGGCGCGCGCUGCCGCGCCCUGAGAGAAGUCGUCAGCAGUCAUGAUUGUCCGCAUCAGUAUUAGAGCUGCAGAAAUGGUCUUCCAUCAUCAUCUGCAUGUAUCCUUUACAUUUCUCUGCGGCCUUAAGCCGCUGCUCGCUGUAUGGUCGAUGCGACUAGCGCUCCCAUGCAGCAACGGCCGUAAGCCGGAGCUCCUUAGUCGGUUGAUGCGAAUAGCGCUCCCGGUAGACACCGGCCUUCAGUUGGUUAGUAGCAGAGUAGACAGGCUAGAAGAUAGUGAAAUUGCUUCUACAUGGUCAUGUUUGGUUUGUAGUUGUAGGUCAUGGAAGAAAAUAUGUAGCCCUCUAUCUGCUUAUGAACUAAUUCAUUUGGAAAACACUAUGGGAUCGAUCCUUUUGGAAAAAAUUGUGUGUUAUACUUCGCUCAAAUGUUACAACAUAUGAGAAUUCUCAAUUGGAAUGUUCGCGGACUAAAUAACCCAGCACGAAGAGAGGCAGUCCUCGAAGCAGCCGAGCUGGCCAGAGCAGGCAUCCUGUGCUUGCAAGAAACAAAAUUAAGUAGUAUAAACCAAUGGAUCGGCAAAGAGAUUGGGGGAAAUAGGUUGUCGAACUUCAAUUUCCUUCCUGCCAAUGGAACUCGUGGAGGAAUUGCCAUCUUCCGGGAUGACACAAUUGUUAACAUGGCGAAUUUCUCCCAAGGAACACACCAUCUUUCGGCGAUGGCAAUGACCAUAACUGAUAACCUCAGCUUCAUCAUCACAGUAGUUAAUGGACCCUCAGAAGACUGUGACAAGGAAAAUUUCCUCGCUGAAUUAGUCGCAGCCAAGCCACCAACAGACACGCCAUGGUUGGUCAUGGGGGACUUCAACAUCAUAUACGAGGCUAGGGAUAAGAAUAACCAGAAUUUGAACAGGCGUCUAAUGGGGCGCUUCAGGUCAACCUUAAAUACUUUGGAGCUAAAAGACAUUAGAUUGCAAAACAGGCAGUUCACUUGGAGUAAUGAGCAGGGAAACCCGAUUCUAAGCAAAUUAGAUAGGAUUCUGAGCAAUAGUGAGGGAGAUAUUCUUUUCUCUGGGCAUUCCUUGCUAGCACUAUCCACAUCCUGCUCAGACCACUGUUAGUUGCUGCUAGCACCAAUGCAAGAACCAAAGAGGAAACCGAGGUUCCGAUUUGAAAAUUUCUGGAUUAGAGUGGAAGGUUUCCUAGGCGUCGUAACCCAGGCUUGGAACGAGCCUAUCCAGGAAGGUCACCCCACUUGGCGGCUAAGUCAAAAGCUUAGGAACACUGAAGCAGCCUUGAGGAAAUGGAGCAAGCAAAAGUUUGGGCAAUCAAAAUUACAAUUCGCUAUGGUACAAUAACUUAUCUAUAGGCUGGAUGUAGCCCUGGAAACAAGAACUCUGAUAGCAGAGGAACACCAAUUCAGGAAAGACCUCAAGAUAAGAAUUCUAGGGCUAGCAGCGGUGGAAAAGGCGAGGAAGAAGCAAGCAUCUAGGGUAAAAUGGCUAAAAGAAGGUGAUGCUAACACAAGGUUCUUCCACAUAAAGAUGAAUGCUCGAAGGAGAAAAAAUUUCAUUCAUUGCUUGCAGCAAGAUGGAAAUACCCUGCACACACAUGAGGACAAAGCAGCUCACCUUCAUGCCCACUUCAACUCAAUCUUAGGGACAAGACGACAGCGUGGCUGCACAUUAAAUUGGGAAGCAUUAAGACUGAGUACAAUACAAGAUGAUAGCAUGGAUGAGCCGUUCACAGAGGAUGAAAUCUGGGAAGCAAUUAAAAACUCUCCAAAGGAAAAAGCGCCGGGCCCAGAUGAUUUCACUGGAGCUUUCUACAAGAACUGCUGGCACAUAAUAAAAAAGGAAAUUGUGGACGUUUUUGCAAGCUUUCACAACCUCACAGGGGGGAACUUUGGAAGCAUCAACAGGGCCAUGAUAACACUGCUGCCGAAGAAAGACUCACCACGCUCGAUGAAUGACUUCAGACCCAUUAGUCUGAUCCACUCCGUGGCGAAGCUUAUAUCCAAAACUUUGGCAAUGAGACUGGCAGCACGGCUUGGUGAUUUGGUCUCGCAUGCCCAAAGUGCUUUCAUCAAGAAGAGAUGCAUACAAGAUAACUUCCUCUAUGUGCGCAACAUGGCCCGGUCCUUGCACAUGCAACGGAAACCAUCCCUCUUCUUCAAGUUGGACAUAACAAAGGCAUUUGAUUCGGUAUCUUGGGAAUACCUUGUCGAAAUGCUGCAGUGCAGAGGCUUUAGUCAGCACUGGAGAAAUUGGAUUGUGCUUCUCCUAUCGACUGCAUCAUCCAGAAUUUUACUCAAUGGGAUAGCGGGAGAACCAACUACACACAGGCGAGGCCUCCGGCAGGGUGAUCCCCUCUCGCCCUACCUCUUCAUCCUAGCAAUUGACCCGAUUCAACGACUACUCAAUAAGGCCACGCAAGAGGGGCUUCUAUCUCCGUUAUCAAACCGAGCAGCGCGGUUCAAAAUAUCCUUAUAUGCUGAUGAUGCAGCGAUCUUUAUAAACUCGAUCAGGAAUGAUGUCAACAACUUGAUUAGCAUCCUCAAGUUCUUCGGCGAGGCCACAAGCCUUCAAGUGAAUCUGCACAAGAGCUCGGUCGUGCCCAUCAAAUGCGCAGAGCAGAACCUAUCCGAGGUGUUGGAAAAUUUCAAUGGACAGCGGGGCAAUUUUCCCAUAACAUAUUUGGGAUUGCCGCUCACCCCAGGCCACAUCAAGAGAAUACACUUGCAACCGGUGAUGGACAAGUUGCAAUCAAGGUUAGCGGGAUGGAAAGGGAAGUUAAUCCAGCAAUCAGGGCGGAAGACACUAGUCACGUCUGUUCUCAGCUCCAUACCAACCUACUUCCUUACCGCCUUAAAGCCGCCUAAACAGUUUCUCACAGACAUGAACAAGAUUAGGAAGAAAUUCCUCUGGGCCGGCGAUCAAGAGAUUAGCGGGGGGAAGUGCAAAGUGAAUUGGAAAAAAGUAUGCUCCCCAAUAAAGAUGGGAGGACUAGGCGUGUUGGACCUUGAUAAAUUCGCGAGAGCUUUGAGACUCCGUUGGCUAUGGUUUGAGUGGGAGUGCCCUGACAAACCUUGGGUUGGGACAACACCCCCCUGCGAUGAGUUAGAUGAGCAAAUCUUCGCGGCCGCAACAAAGGUAACAAUCGGUAAUGGGCGGAAGGCAAAAUUUUGGACAUCCAACUGGAUUGGCCACCAGCCACUGAAAUACCUAGCGCCAGCGCUGUUCAACCACUCUAAAGGAAAGCAACGCUUGGUUCAGGAUGCGUUAACCAAUGACAAAUGGAUUGAGGAUAUUAGGCAUGAGCUGUCCAUGCCACUGAUCCGAGAAUUCUUCGCAGUGUUCCGCCUUAUCUGGGAUAAUGAGACAAACCUAGAGGAAGGAGUUGAAGACACCAUCAUCUGGAGAUGGACAAAUACCGGUAAAUACACAGCAAAAUCGGCUUAUUUAGCCCAAUUCGUCGGUAGAGAAGACUCAAGGGCCGCCACCUUGAUUUGGAAGAUAUGGGCGCCAUCCAAAUGCAAAAACUUUGCAUGGCUUGUCCUGCAAAACAGGAUAUGGACAUCCGACCGCUUGCAACUCCGACAAUGGCCCAAUAACUAGUUUUGCCAACUCUGCUAUAAGAACUUGGAGAUGGCGCAACAUUUAUUCAAGGAUUGUCCAUUCACGCGAGAAAUUUGGGACAAAAUAAUGGCUAGGAUGAACCACAACCAACCCUUCCCGGUGCACAAUCCGGACGAGAGCCUAGUUGACUGGUGGGAAUCAAGAACAAAGCAACAAAGCAAAUGUCAAAGUAAGGGGAUGCAGUCACUACACAUGCUCUUGAGUUGGGAAAUCUGGUGCGAGAGGAACAGACGAGUUUUCAAAGAUAAAGAAUUUCAAAUCCCUCAACUAACGGCAAGAAUAAUAGACGAAAUACAUACAUGGUCAGCAUGUGGGGCAAAAAAUCUUGCGAGAAUAGCGCCUUAACCUCUCAUCCUUUGUUGUAAUUUUCCUUUUUUCUGCUCUCCUCCCCCCUGUCUUUCCCCUUGUCACCAUUGGUGGCAUUUGUACAUUGCUUAUCUUCUAAAAUAUAAAACCAGCUAAGCUGGCUAAGGUUUCAAAAAAUAUUAAAUUAAUUUCAUUAAGAUUCACCAUAAAAUAUGUCUUGAUAGUGUAAUUAUUUGUUAUUGUAGAUGUUAAUUAUUUUUCUAUAAAUCUAGUGAAAGUUAGAACAUUUUAAUUUAGGACAAAAUUAAAACGUGUCACAAUAUGGAACGGAAGGAGUAUCAGACUUUGUUAAUUUGGCUUACAAAUCUGCUUCUUAGUUCAUGUUUUUUCAAAAAAAAGGAAAAUCCCACAUGAUAUAUCCAGUUAUAUGAGGAAUUUAAUUAUUUUCUUUGGAAUUCUUGGAUCCAAAUUUCCAUGAGAAAUUAUACUGUGGUACCACAUGGCAAUAUAGUAUUUUAGUCAAAUUAUUUUCAAAUUUUCUCAUGUGCCCCAGUCUUGUACUAGAUCAGGAACGUACAUGUAUCGCGGAGGAAACUGGCACCGACAAAGACUGGUAGACUUGUUGUUCCUCCACAAGAUUUCCUUGACAAUAAUAACAAUCUCCGUACGCUACCUACAGUUGGUGAACGGUCUGGUUAAUUAAUUAAUUAGCACCUAACUAGGGUGUGAUAAGACGUCCAUUUUUAAUAAUCCCAUUAACUACUAUUCUCAAAUCUCAAUUUCAAAUACGAGUUGUUUUCAACUUGUCCAAAGUAAUUAAGAAAAUAAUUUAAAUAGCUUUGUUGCCCUUCAUUUAUAUGACAAUAGAAAAUACUAUAUUUAUAUAUAAGAGAGAGUAGCAUUUACUUGGACAAGGUUAAACACAAGAGACAAGACAAAAGAAGUGACUGAAGUUUUAAAACAACUUGUGUUCAGAAAAGAUUUAAGAAGGUUCAAAUGACUUACUUUUGGAAUAGGCGAGAUCAACAAUUUAGGAUUAUUCUAUGCUAUUAAAGACUAAACCCUCUAACAUAGAGCCGAAAAACUGAAUCCUUUUAUAACAAAUUUUAGCGUUCUAAACAGACGCACGUAAUGGUAGCUUGUUUAUCCAACAUGGCUAGCCCACGACUGCCUAUAUGGUACACCUUUGUUGACGAAAGCCCAUUGGUGAAUUUUUGAUUCCGUGACAGUGGAUGGUGAUACAAAAGUGAGGAUUUCUCAAGAUCCCAACUCAUGUAGUUUAGUCCACUGAUGCAGAUUCCAAGAGAGCUUUUCUCUCCCUCACCACGCCCCUAAUCAUUGCCAUUAGUUUAAUUCCCAAACCUGAGGUGUACCCCUCAUUCGCUGCCCUUAUUCCCCUCCACCCCCCGAUUGCUUUUCUGCCAAUGAGAAGUGGCAAGUGCCUGUCACUUGUCAAGUAGAGAGACUAGAGACUAGGCUGGACUGCCCUCAUCUUCUCUUCCAUUUCUCCUCUGUCCCUGCCUAGCUAUCAUCUCCCAAAUCAUCCCUAGCUGUGGCAGCUCAGAGACUUCCCCUUGAUGGUGGCGCGGCGCGGCGAUCGCCUUCGGCGACCACCGAGGUGCGGGAGGCUGAGGUGGAAGAAGGAUUGCUCCAGUGGAGGUGGAGGUGGAGGCGGAGGCGGAAGCGGAGGUAGGCUGAAGAGGAGCGAGGUGAUCACUUGAUGGAUUUUGCUUGUGUGCCUAGUGGUAGGCAAGUCUGAUUCUUGGCUGUGGUUGAAGUUAAUUGAAAGGGGGGUAUAUAAUCUUUUUUGUUCUCUUCCUCUCUCCUCUCUACCUUAAUUUGUGUGUCUGAAUGUGUGUUUGCUAUUCUGAACUUCUGAUGAUGAGUUUUCCUUUCAGUUGGUCGGUUUGAUUGUGUGUCAUGUCAUUUAUCUGGAGUUGUGUUGUGUGGCAUGGCCAUGUGUCGUGUGUGUGAUAUGUUAUAAAGAAAGAAAGAAGUGAAGUAUUAAUUGGGAGAAGGAAGAAAAUGAAUGCAGAGAUUUAUGAUUA